GGGCCCAGCGCUGCCUGCUCUCACGGGCCAUGGCGCGGCCCGCGCCCGCCUACGAGGCGGCGGUGCCGGCCCGCUCUGCCUGCACCUACACCAGCUGCUACUGCGAAGAAAAUGUUUGGAAGCUUUGUGACUACAUCAGGAGUCAGGAUCGGUACCCCUUAGAAGAGUUUUACGCUGUUUUCAUAUCCAAUGACAGGAGGAUGAUUCCUCUCUGGAAGCAGAAAUCUGGACAUGGAGAUGAGCCUGUUGUCUGGGACUACCAUGUUAUUCUACUUCAUGUUACCAGCGGGGAGCAGAACUUCAUUUAUGAUCUUGACACAGUGUUGCCAUUUCCAUGUCCUUUUGACAUGUACAGCGUGGAGGCCUUUCGGCUGGAUGACAGCCUUCGUCCAGAAUUUCACAGAAAAAUCAGAAUGAUUCGAGCAGAUUUGUACUUGAAGACAUUUGCUUCAGACAGAUCUCAUAUGAAGGAUGCAAAUGGGAAAUGGCAGAAACCUCCUCCUCCAUACCCUUGCAUUGAAACUGCAGACUCCAAGAUGAACUUGGAUGAUUUCAUCAGUAUGAAUCCAAAUGUGGGAUGGGGCUCAGUGUUCCCCCUUCCAGACUUUGUGCAUCGAUUUGGCAGACAGACUGAUUACAGCUACUCCCUGGAAGAACAGUGAAGUGAACAAAGAAGUUCUCCCUGCUUCUGUUUUGAGUGGAUGCAUUUUGUUUUGCUGCUCUUACAUUGUGUUUAUGGUUUACAUUUCUGUACAUGGAAUAAGUACUUGGAAAAAUAGAAUACCCAGUCAGAAAUAUCAUGAACCGAAUAAAAACUUUUAUUUUGAUUAUGUAA